UUAGGGCGCGAACGAACGAAUAAUUCCACAUGUAGUCAAUUAAAAAGUUCCUAAAUAUUAGCAGUAAGUUAGAUAAAAAAAAUGUAUAACUCGAACGAAUUCCUGCACAGUGCCGGCGUAAGUCGCCACAUGCAGGCAACCGGCGAAACACCUUCUCAGAAAACGAGUAUGAAGCGACGAUCAUGCGAAGUCCCUUUAGGGGACAUUUCAUCAAAUAAUUUCAAAGUUUCACUCGGGGAUAUUUCGUCUAAUAAUUUCAAAGUUUCACUUGGGGACAUCACGAAUGAAGGCCUCAAUUACGAUUGUAGAUCCCUGAGGUCAGUUAAAUCGGAAGACACAAGAUCUUUGCGCUACUAUCGGCCCAUUGAUAGUCGCAGUGUUAAGAACUUUAGGUCGUCACUAGCUGAUAUUUCCGCGUACUCUCUAUCACGUCCACCCAGUUACGAUCAGUUGUCAAGGAGGUCUGUGGUGGAGGGUGCGGAGGGGCAAGGGAUCACGUCGAGCAUCGAAGGUGUCCUGUGGUCCGAUGAAGAGGAGAACGAGUAUUUCUACCAUGAGAAUGUUACAUCAGCUUGGAAUCAAGAUUUAGCAGCGUUACGACAACUGUUGGACAGCGAAACGGGAGGCACUACCUGUCCAAGUUGUAACAUGCCCUUUGAUAAGGGUAAAAAGAGAAAGCUUAUUGAUACGUGCGGUCAUGAACGGUGCUACUCCUGCAUGUUCAGAAACGAAGCGUGCCCCAUAUGCGCCAGAAAGAGCCAAGGCAGGAGACAAGUCAUGGAAAGAUAUACACCCUCUCCCCAACAGCAAGCCCCGGAAUGGCAGUCUCCAUUGCGACUACCGAAGCCACCCAAACAGCCUUCAAGCCUUGCACAAAGUUGUCCGACACCGCCACACACAAGACGAAGAUUCUUCCCCAGCCCCAAAUCUUUGCGGAGUCCGUUCGGCCAACGGAGCAGUCGCCAUUCACACGAGAACCACGUGCCACUAUCUGAUGACGAGGGAGGUCACAUCAAACAAGGCUACGAAUCGAGGAGGCAGAAUGAUCUGUAUAUGCGCCUGGGGUUGCUUCUGGGAGAGAGGAGAGGAUCCCGGAAUAAAUCCAGGGAUAGUUGUACCUCAUUAGCCUCGUUGGACGCUCACACUUUAGCCUCGCAUAAUACUAGUCCGGUGUCCACAUUAACUGGGUCUUCAGAAGUGGACGCAACAACUCCACUGGGUCGAGAUUCUCUGGGCUCCCUCGCUUCAAUGUCUCUGUCUGCUGCCAGCAACUGUUCAUCAUCCAGCCCGGGUAGCAGGCGGCAUUCCGUAACCGCAUUACAAAAUGGCCGAGAAGAACUGACUCGGAUGUCAAGCGGUUUCUUCAAAACCAGGAAGACAGCAGCGAGGAGGUCGGCACGCGUCAACAGCAAGCAGUCUUCCACAUCGUCAGAACUUAAAAAAGUUCACCCUUCGCCGCAACUUAACCUGCGACCUUUAUUCUUUGAAGUGCCUUCCACUGAAAAUGAAGCUUGCUUCUCUGGUAGGCAAUGGCUCAUGAGGGAUAUGGAAAAAGCCUUAGAGUCUACUUCUGGUAUAAUGAUCUCUGGACGUCCAGGCACAGGGAAAACGGCGCUAAUACUGCAACUAGUCGACUAUUCCUGCUUUGGUCGGAAAAGGAAUUUUGAAUACGAGGAAUUAAGAGAACAAUCUGAUAUCAGAGAGGUGUUACCUGAAGAAAUUGCCGCGGGAACAGUCACGAAUCUCGCUUCGCAAGUCGUUGCAUAUCAUUUUUGCCAAGCGGAUAACAACAGCACGUGUCUAGUUGGCGAGUUCGUUCACUCUCUCGCAGCACAACUCUGCCAGGCUCCUAGACUACAAGCCUAUAGAGAAUAUCUACUAAGCGAGCCGCACCUUUUGUCAUGUCUCUCAUUAAAAGAAUGCAUAGCAGACCCAGAUUUGGCAUUCAUGAGAGGUAUCAUAGAGCCUCUCAUUAUUCUAAGAAGGAACGGAAGCAUAGAUACAUCCAAUAGUAUAAUUCUAGUUGAUGGACUCUGCGAAGCUGAAUAUCAUAGACCGGAUCACGGUUACACAAUCGCAUCGUUUCUAGCGAGACACGUACCAGAAAUGCCUUCGUGGCUUAAAGUUGUCGCAACUAUUAGGACACAAUUCCUCGAAUUAACUAAACAAUUACCUUACACGAGGUUAAGCUUAGAUGACUCCGAUAACGUUCAUAAAGAUUUACUGGAAUAUUUCAACGCGAGAGUUCAAACGGCUCCCAUUAUAGAAACUAAUAUCAAAAGCUCCACAGGCAAAACUGAAGGCAUGCAUAAUUCUGUUAUGAAAUUCGCACAAUACGUGCUUCACUUAAGCCAAGGCUCAUUUCUGUUCCUAAAACUUAUACUAGAUCUUCUAGAAAGAAGUCAUAUAGUAGUAAAGUCGACCAACUACAAAGUUGUACCGAUUUCAUUGGCACAAAUAUUUCUACUGCAGUUUAAUUUAAGGUUCCCCACCGUGCAAUCCUUUGAAAAAGUUACACACAUUUUAAGUGUUUGUCUGGCUGCGCUUUAUCCGCUUACUUUGGUAGAAAUCUACUAUUCAGUCAACUCUUUACUGGUUGAUACAUUUUUGCCAUGGGAUGAGUUCUGUCACAGAUUCGAUAGCCUGACCGAUUUUCUUGUGAAGAGAAUCGACAAUACUUAUAUGUUCUUCCAUCCAUCAUUCAGAGAAUGGUUAAUACGCCGUGACGAUAGUGAAAGUCCAAAGUUCUUGUGCGAUUUGAGAGCUGGACAUUGUGGUAUUGCGUUUAGACUUUCCAGAGUACAAUCACCGUUGGAUCCAGAAAAGUCAAUGGAGUUAGGCCAUCACAUUCUCAAAGCUCAUAUGUACAGAAAUAUGGGACCUGCCCAAUUGGGUUUGUGUCCAAGAGAUUUACAAGCAAUGAUGGUCGCAUCAAGUUCCGCUAACGUUGGUGAGGCCGUUGCUAACUUACGGAACAUUUACACACCGAAUGUGAAGGUUUCUCGUCUUAUGUUGCUAGCUGGAGGAUCUCCCAAUCAAAUUACGGAAUGUCUUGGAAAUGCUCCGUUGUUGUGCAUGUACGCAUAUCAAGGAAUUAUCUCUAUGGUUGGACUGCUGAUAGAAUUUGGGGCUGACCUAGAAAUGACCAAUUCCCAAGGAUGCUCUGCGUUGUCUCUGGCAUGCCAAAGAGGUCAUACUGAUGUUGCAAGGAUGUUAAUAGCAUCAGGUGCUUCACUAAGUCACACCGAUACAGCAGAACAGACACCAUUAGUCCACGCAGCUAAAAAUGGCCAUCGAGAUACAGUGAUCUACCUCCUGGGGUGUCAAACAGGCAAAGAUGAUAGGAAUCCUUUGGAUAUAGAUGAGUGUAAUAUCGAACAAUUAGUUCCUGGCUCCAGGCAUGCAUUGAUUGGUGCAGCGCAAAACGGUCAUUUGGAUAUAGUCGAAUAUCUUUUGGAUACUGCUGAAUUAAUUCCUGAUGGGAUAUGUCCAGUAACUGGCGAAACAGCCCUUACAGCAGCUUGUUCUACCGGAAACGCAGCAAUCGCCGAUGCAUUACUUAUCCGAGGAGCCACUCCAUACUCACUUAACGCUAGACAAAUGUCACCUUUGGCUUUAGCUGCAAAGAAUGGCAGAACAGCUCUAGUAUUACGGCUUUUGGAUUCGGGAGCAGAUGUGAUGGGAUCCGGGGGCAAGAAUCCGUUAAUUUUGGCUGCAGCAGAAGGUCAUGCUGAAGUUGUUGCAAUGCUUUUAGAUCACGGUGCUGACCCUGAUGCUGCGGAUGGAGAUGGUAUUACUCCGCUUGGUUGGGCUGCUCUUCGAUCCAGAAUACCAACUCUUGUCGUCCUACUUGAUAAAGGAGCCAUAAUCGACCAGCCAGAUGGAAGCGGUAGAACGCCAUUAGGGCUCGCUUGCGGUGGGCCGGCAGAACUUGUGGAAUUACUGUUAGAACGAGGUGCAUCAUUGGAGAGGGUUGAUCACAGCGGACUGAGGCCUUUGGACAGGGCUAUUGGACAGCGGAAUGUUCCCGUAGUGAACUGCUUUUUGAGAAAAGGGGCAAAAUUGGGCCCCACUACGUGGGUAAUGGCUUCAGGCAAACCAGAAUUUAUGCUAGUACUCCUAAACAAGUUGCUUGAAGACGGGAACUUACUUUAUCGCAAGAACCGACCAUCAGAAGCUGCGCACCGUUACCAUUAUGCUCUUAAAAAGAUAAACCCACUGAUCAGUGAUGAAGGCUUAACUACUCCAUCCACACAACCAGUCCCUCAUGAACAUGUAUCGGCAUUUGUACAGCUGAAGACGAAUUUGCUAUUGAACCUAUCUCGAUGCAAGAGGAAACUAAACGAACCAUCGGAAGCGUUUGACUUGGCUGCACGCGCGUCAGUUCUACGUCCCAAUGCGUUUGAUUGUGCAUAUGCAAUGUCCCGGGCUAUUCUAGCCCUGAACAAACCUUCGGAUGCGUUACCACAUUGCAGAAGAGCUUUACUUCUAGCACCUUCGACGGAUCUAUCUGCUAUGAGGACUCUAAAGGCCCUGCAACAAGAAAUUCUUACAAGGAUCAACACUGGGACUCAUAGUUUAAAUGGCGAUACCCGAUCAAUGAGAAACUAUGACAGCAUCAGUCUUAACAUGCCUUAAGUUGUCCGUUGAAACUGAAACGCUUAAUAAUAAUCAAAACUCACCAUUAUUUUUUUUUAUGUUGUUUUUUGAACAAAGCAAUAAAUUAUUAUCUUUGAGGUGGCUUAUGAAUGAAUAAGAGUUUCAGCCUUCGGUCGCUAAAUUGCUGAAUCUUGAAGUAAUAAAGAAUUUCCUGAAUUCUUAAGUCGCUACAUGAUUCUAGAAAUGGCUUUAAAAUCUUGUCCGUUUAAAAGCGCUCUUUAGUUUUGUAAAUUAUGUUAUUUCUUUUGUAAGUGCGACAUAUAAAUGUAAUGAUAUAUUGGCUCUUAUGUUCCUUAAUGCGUUAUGCCCUAUUUCUUUAACGUAUAAUUAGCUUUUCAUGAAGUACUGGUGUUAAAUGAUUGUGACUUUUUAAAUGGCACUCCAUAAAGUAUGAAAGACAGAGAUAGAAUGAUAUUCCACUUCUCUCAUUUAAGUGUAAAUAAUUUGACUAAUUAAUAUUCGGUUUAUAUUUUUGACGGCAAGUAAACGUACUAUUUUGGCAUACCGGCUUAUUAUUGGUUUAUUCACGACAAUAAUAUGGUAGUAAAAAAAUUGUGAUUGUUGCAUUUAGGUUUUGUUGUGGUGUUAAAAACUGAAAAAAUAACAAAAAUAUUGAAAUUUUGUGAAUAUUUUAA